AUAUCAAAGAAAACUGAUGAUGAUAGAUGACAGUUCAAAGUCCAGUGGCAAAUUUGAUACAUUUUCAGAAUGAAAAUAUGGUUAUGCAUGAAUGUGGAUACAUAGGUGCUGAUCAGAAAAAAAGAUGAACUCAGGCUGAAUAAUGGAUUAUUGAUUCGGUACAAGCUCAACGGUAUAUUGGACAAACUAUAACAAACUGACGAAGCAGAUAGCCUUUAUUUCGUGCCAUUGGCCUAUGAAAGAGAGGAGUUCUAAAGCACAAGGAUAGUUUUGAUUAUUUGGCAUGGGCUGGUCAAUAAAGUAUUGAUCUAUCGUCUAACAUUACAGGUUUAGACUUGCCGGCAAUACUUCUAAUGGUUUUUGGAAUAUCUAUUUGAACUUAUCUAUUUCAGAAGGAAUAUGAUAGCUAUAUGUGCUCUUUUAGGAAAUUGGACAGUUACUGGAUCAUAUAUGCGGGGGAGAGUGUAGUCUGACGAUUUAAUUGUUUGUCAUUGUAAUUUGAUAUUAUAUGUGGAAAGUUUGAAGAAGCAAUUUAUAGAAGGUUCCUGGGAUUACAAAGACCAAGCUUGUGUUUAUCAGAAUUGAAGGAUCUAGUAGUUUUACUUACUGAAUCCAGAUAUUCCAAUAAAGGAAAUAACAUCUGAUACAUCCUGUUUUAGAAUCAGUGUGAAAGCCGAUAUAACCUCAAAUUGUCAAAGGAGACACUUCAGUGCUUAUUAAUUCAAAAGGAGUGUUAGCGCCAUCAUUUUAGACGAACGCUGUGUAUUCAACUAAGAAAGCCGAAGGAAUGCAAAGGAUUUGAAAAUGGAUUUUGUUCGGAGAAGAUUAUCCAAAGGAGGGAGCGAUGAUGAAUCAUCAUUAUCAUCUAGUUUGUCCGAGGGCACAAGUAGAUUUUUCAGUUCAAUGGUUGCAAAGAAAAAUGGAUUGAUGAACAAUUUGUCGAAUAAGUUCGACACUGUGAUGAAAACUAGUAGUAGUAGUGAUAGUUUUAGCAGUGAGGAAGGGAUUCCUAAACUGACCAAUAGAUUUUCUAGUGCUGAUGCUUAUAAUUAUGGUACAAAUGUAUUAUAUGACUCAGAUCAGGAGCACGAACAGCCAAAAACAAAGCAUAGUCCCUCUGGACAUUCUGAGAGUGGUAAAAAAGAAAUUAUUCAACCUCGACCUUUAAAUAUGAGUUUUGAGGAACCUUUGUAUUCUCCAACGUUAAAGAAUGAUCCUCAAUUUAAAUACAAUAAAACAAAUUCAGUUGAUGUGAAAACUUCAUCAAACCAUGUGGUACAGCCUAAUACCACAAACCAUGAAAUCAAAGCUGAUGUCCAUGUUCCACAGUCACAGUGCAUUGGAAUUAAAAAAGUUAAUAAUGCAGACGUUGAUCCAGUACGAAAACAAAAUGGUACAGUGAAUGGUACAUUGGACAGUGAAAAAACAAACGAACAAAAUGAAAGCAAAAAUUUUAAACCCCCUAAGUUAAAACGAAGGUCAAGUACUGUGGAUGAAAUGUUGUUUGAUGAUUAUAAUCCCCCUGUAGAAGAAGAGGGAGAAAAAUCAGAAAUGGUUGAUGAAUCUCGAGAUACUGUUGGAGAAGACUUGAUACCGCAUACAAGGAAGACAAUAGCUGUUAUGGCUGACCUUAUAUCAUUUGACGAUGAUACAGAACCCGAUGAAAAUGAAAAUCUCUCGCCCAAAAAGAGGUCACCCUUACAGAGUGUGAGUAGCACUAACAGUUCAGACAUUAAUUACUUUCCUGGAAGUGUAGAUUCAUCGGAACCGGAAUAUGGUGAUUAUCAAAAUGAAAUGCAACGAUCUGAAUCAAUGGGAUCAGAAAUCUCUUGGACAUCAUCAUACAGUGUUGACAGCCAGCCUGAUGAGAUUACCCUGGAGUGUAUGGAGUUUAUGAAGCACUUUGUGGAAAUGAUCUUUGACUCAUGUAAAGAAAUAACACAGACAGAAAAGGCAAAGUUUGGAGAAUUAUGUCAGUAUUCUCCAGGAAGACUGUGGUUUGCAAGAUAUGUCAAUUCACAGAGAGUACACAGUAAAAUGGUUACCGAACAGAUAUUUUUCCGCCUUGUACAAUAUUUUGCAGUGGUGCUAUUUGAAUGUAACGAGGCUGAAGACUUUUCUCCUGCUAAAUCAUUAAUGAAUAUGUGUUUUACAUUUUAUUGUCAAAUACCUUGUGGUAAGAUUAUUGAGAAGAAUUUCCUGUAUAGUUUCCUGUGUGAUCAGCCUAUCUGGCAGUCUUUACGGUUCUGGAAUGCUGCUUACUUUGAUGCUGUUCAGUGUGAGAGAGCCAGGCGACCAAUGACAACAAGGAAUGAUGCAAGAGAUGACCAAAAGGAUGACAGACUAUUUCAAGAAAAUAUAACAUUUGGACAGUUAGGGACCUUUUCAUCAAACAUGAGAUCCUUUGGUCUAGGAAAAGAUUUAUGUUUAGAAUUCCUGAGAAAACAGUCUACUAUAGGAAAUUUAAAACCAGAGCAAAUAAGGAUGUUGAAAGACAAUAUAGAGAAAUCAUGACAAAAGAUUUGAAAUAUAUGAGGAAAAUACAAAAUGAUUUGGUGAUACAAGUGAAUCUAUUUGGUGAUACAAAUUGCUCUAACAUUCCUUGAGUUUGAUUGGUCAGCCAAAUGUUUGCCAAGUGAACUUCCACUAUAUAUAUCUAUGUUGUCAUAGCAACAUGGAGCUUUCAAAUGCUCUAUGUAAAGGAGGUUUUAGGUCUUUAGUCAGUCUCAUAUUCAGAAAAAAUGGCAUUUAUACUGUUAUUAUUUCAAACAUGUAUAUUUCAUUAUGGUACAUUAUUUUGAUUGGUUAACAGCAAUCUUGCAUCAUUUUGAAAUUUACCUUUCACAAUAAAAUGGACAGGUAAAAAAGGAAAAAUGAUAGAAAUUGUGUUUUUAUAAUCCAAGAAAAAAUUAAUUUUUAAGUAUUGAACAUUUCUUUUAGUAAUUUUACAGGGUUGCAAAAGCCUUGACCUUGUGCGCAUUUUUUUAAAAGGAAGUGCUUCAUUCAAAAAACACUUUUGUUUUACAACCCCAUGUAUUUACCAAAAGAGACAUUCAAUACCUUGAUAAUCACACAUAACAAUGUAACCUGAAACCUUUAACAACAUAUUUUGUAUUGCACUUUAAGGUUGUUUUUUGUUCAAUACUUGGUAGACUAAUUAUUACUAAUGUUAGAACUGGGGACAUUUAUCUGUUUCUCAGUCUGAGUCACAUUGGAUUUCACUUAAUCAAACCGGACACAAAAUUGAAUACAAUACAAUAAGACCUUCAAAAUUGUCUAAUAAUUAUUAGUGAAUAUAAAUUUACUUAUGUCAACUGAAUAUAUAUAAAUGAUUAGACCCAGACCUAGCAUUAAUGAAUAGCAAUCAGUCCACUAGAUCUUUAGGACAAUUGGAAAUUCAGUUUAACCUGCAGAUACAUAUUUAUAUAUAUACACCUUAGUAUGUAGGCAUAAAUCUUAAAUAUUUUGACAACUGGCUGUGACCAGAUGAACUCUUUGAACACAUUUACAGUUUUAACAUGUGGAAAAUAUAUGCAUUCUGGGACUAAUAUAUAGGUCCCUGGUAUUACUGAUAAAAUUGUGAAUAGAAAUAGGGAAUGUGUUAAAGAAACAACAACAGGGAUAAAGAAUAGAAAACAUCCCAAGUCCACCAAUCGAUCUUCAACACACAAAGAAAAUAUCCCUGAAUCCUUGAAAUGACAAUAUCAUUGUGCCCUAAAAUCCAGGCCAUGAUGUCAUUAACUUUUGUCUGUUUAACUGAUUCUACUGAUGAUAUCAUUAACUAUUGUCUGUUGAACUGAAAUCCAGGCAAUGAUAUCAUUAACUUUUGUAUGUUGAACUGAAAUACAGGUGAUGAUAUCAUUAACUAUUGUAUGUUGAACUGAAAUUCUGAUGAUGAUAUCAUUAACUAUUGCCUGUUGACCUGAAAUCCAAGUGAUAAUAUCAUUAACUAUUGUAUGUUGAACUGAAAUUCUGAUGAUGAUAUCAUUAACUAUUGCCUGUUGACCUGAAAUCCAAGUGAUGAUAUCAUUACUUAUUGUAUGUUGAACUAAAAUUCUGAUGAUGAUAUCAUUAACUAUUGUCUGUUGAACUGAAAUCCUGGUGAUGAUAUCAUAAACUAUUGUCUGUUGAACUGAAAUCCUGGUGAUGAUAUCAUUAACUAUUGUCUGUUGAACUGAAAUCCUGAUGAUAUCAUUAACUAUUGUCUGUUGAACUGAAAUCCUGGUGAUGAUAUCAUUAACUAUUGUCUGUUGAACUGAAAUCCUGGUGAUGAUAUUAUUAACUAUUGUCUGUUGAACUGAAAUCCUGGUGAUGAUAUCAUUAACUAUUGUCUGUUGAACUGAAAUCCUGAUGAUAUCAUUAACUAUUGUCUGUUGAACUGAAAUCCUGAUGAUAUCAUUAACUAUUGUCUGUUGAACUGAAAUCCAUGUGAUGAUAUCAUUAACUAUUGUCUGUUUAACUGAAAUCCUAUCUAUUGUUGAUAUGAAAAUGAUAACAUGUUUAUAUAGUUAUAUAGUUGUAAUAGUGCAAUAAUAAUUUUUGUAUGUGCAAUAUAAAUUUGCUGAAAUUCACUUCAAAGUUCAUAGUUUUCAUUACUUAUUCUUUCAUUGAAGAACAUGAUACAGUCAAUAGUAAGAAGUGUUUGUUGGCACACUCAAUUAAUUCACUUUUAUUUGCAUUUUUAUGUAACCAUAACUCUUAAACUUUCUGGAGGGCCGAGAUGAAUAUUUUUCUCUUUAUAUUCAUAACAUUUUUUUAGCAGUUCCUUGUCAUAGGAAGGUAUAUAAAGUGUCUUGAUUAAGUGUGCCAACAUGUAUGGCCAUAGACUGUAUAAAUGUAUGAACUUUUAUUGAUGUACAUUUUGUUUUUAUACAUAUCUUGUAAAAUUCAACAUAUAAUAGUUUUGUUUUUUCAUGCAAAUGUUUAUGAAAUUAAAGAUGGUGUAUAACUUAUGCCAUAUAAAGUUACAUACAUUGAUUUGGAUCAAGCAUCACUGAUGUGUCAUUUGUUAAUGAAAUACUGUAUGAAAAAUUUAAAUCCUGGUUACUAUGAAGAUUUAUAUACUGACUGCUACGGUUUGUUUUCUUAUCAUUAUAUUUUUUUCCCCAAAAAAGUAUCUUUCUUCAUUUGAAUCGUCUUGCAGUGGGUACAGGGAGAUAACUCUAAUUGUUAGAACAAAUCCAGAUGAAGUCUAAAUAUUAAUGUAACAGCAACUUCUAUUUUAAAAACUGCUUUUUCAAGAUCAAAAAUAUUUUCUUAAAUUUUUUUGUGUAAGUUGCAUUGAAUAAGCAUUUUAAAAAUUAUAAAGAUUAGUUUGUCUGUCAUAGAAGGAAAUCAUGGAAAUAUAGGAAUAAAACCUUAUCCCAUAAUUUUUUAGUGUCAGAACAGAUUAUGCUUUGAUAAAGUCCUGAAACUUGAAAUUUUGGUUUAUUAUAUUGCACUUUCUAGUGUUUGAAUGUACAUACAAUGGAACUAUCUCUUAAUAAAACUUGUCACUAGAUAUAUUGAUUUAUUUUGAGUUGCAGUUUAGUAGUAUAUUAACAAUGUUGAGUCCCUGUGUAAUCUAUUAUGUUAUUUUUCAUAAUAUUUAAUCAUUAAUGAUAAAAUCAUUUAUAUUAGGAUGAAUUUGUAUGAACUUUUUGUUUUCUGUGAUAUUGCAAAACAGUUUUGGUAUUGUGUGUAAUUUAUAAGUUUGUUGAGUUUCAACAGGGAUACUUAUGCUACUCAUGAGGCCAACUAAGGUUAAGGUUAUUGUAAACAUAUCUUCCCCAUCUCAAUAGGGGAUAUGGCACUAUAUUCUGACUACUACUGGACCAGUCUUUCAUCUUGAAUAUUCAUAUAUGCAGAACGUUUUUAGGUGUAUACAAAACUAUGUUCAAUUUAUUCUUUUAUAACAAAACAAAAAAACAAGACAUGAACAUCAAUUAUGUGACAAUUUAACCAUGCAGUUUAUUUUUGGGCAGUUCUGAAUGACAAAAAAUAUUCUUGUCUGCUUGUGAAAGGCGUUGUAUAGAAUGUUGGUAAACUACAUGAUUAUACAAUGAUCAGUCUUUCUCCUAAUAUUUCUGUCUUUAGUUGCAUUUUGAAAAUUGAAACAAAUAUGUUCAGGCUAAUUUGACUACGAAACAGGUUAUUCAGUGAAUAUUUUCUAAAUAAAACAAACAUAUUUGCCAUAGUCUAUAUAUAUAUCUGUUUUUCAUAGUUAGAAAUAUUCUUUAAUGAAUGUAAAAUACAUGUACAAGUAUUGCACAAGUAGGUAUCUACAUUUGUUUAUUUGUUAAUAAGAAUUUGUUAGUAAGAAGAUGAUUUUGAGUGUUUGAAAUAUGUAUUUUAUACCACACAAAUGUAUGUGUGCAUUAUUUUCUGUUAAAACUUGCUGUACUAGUCAUGAAAUCAUUUUCCAAUAGGAAAUAAAACAUGUAUUGAUAUUGUUAACAAUAAAACAAAUUUUGAAAAUA